AAAGUAGACAGAAACUUUUAAUAGUAGUAAUCCAGAACGAAGUCAAAUUUUAGCAAAUGGGGACACAUAAAAGCAGACAAAGGUUGGCUGUAAAGUCCAAAUCAUUUUUGCACAACACCAAAAAUAUCAUUUACUCAUUUUUCUUCUCUUCUUCCCAUUUUUAACUACCAUAUUUCUGUUUACUUAUUAAUCAAUCGUAACAUAUUUAUUACCAGAACGUAAUCACAUAGAGCAAGACGAAGGAGAAGCAGGACGAGUCUUCCGCUUCUCCAUUCGUCAUUUCAGUGAACUUUGCUCGUAUCCUUUCAGAAAAAAAGCAGAGAUGAAUUUCUCGGGAUUUAUAAGGUGUAUUCUAAUUUUCCUGGUGAGUAUCGCUAUGAUUUGUGAAGCUGAUCCUCGAAUAUCAGAAGCGGGACUGAUAUGUGGAACGAACAGGUCAUCACCAGCCGCAACGAUCAUUCCCAUAUUUGUUAAAGCAAUGGAAGUCGUAUCACAACGCGUGACGGACCAUAAUUGGGGAAGUCACGGUGUAAAUUCAACAAACAUAUCAAUUUAUGGAUUAGCAAAUUGUUAUCAAGAUCUGCCACAUCAGGAUUGUAUGUUAUGUUACGCUGCUAGUCGAACUCGACUUCCUCGUUGUCUUCCUGGUAAAUCAGGUCGAAUAUAUCUCGAUGGAUGUUUCCUUCGAUACGAUUACUACAAUUUCUUCAACGAAACUACUGAUUCAGCGAACGAUAAAGUGAACUGUAGCAGCUCAAUUGGAGUUGCUACUGGACAGGAAUUGGACACGUUAAAUGCAUCUGCUGGAAAUUUGAUUGAACAAUUGACAGGGAGAGCGGUGGCGAACGGCGGCUUUGCGUCGAUGCAUUUGAACGGCGUUUAUGGAUUGGCACAGUGUUGGAAAACUGUGAGUAGAAAAGGUUGUAGAGAAUGUUUGGAUAAAGCAAGCAGAGAUAUCAAAGGGUGUUUUCCAAACAGAGAUGUCAGAGCUUUAAUUGCGGGAUGUUAUUUGAGAUAUUCUACACAAAAUUUUCUCAACGAUCCAUCUCAGAGUAGCAGCAGCAGGGUAAGCAAAGGGGUGAUAGUAGCUAUAGUUCUUGGAGUGACUGCUUUCAUGAUGCUGGCUCUCUCUGCUGCUUACACAGCUCGUAAAAGAUCAUUAAAGCGAAAACGAGAACGCAUUAAUCUUGGCAAACUAUCGAAUUCAUACAAGAAGUCAAGCUUGAAUUUCAAAUAUGAAAAUCUUGAGAAGGCAACAAACUACUUUGAUCCUUCAACAAAAGUAGGCCAAGGAGGAAAUGGUUCUGUAUACAAAGGGACUUUGCCUAAUGGGAAUGUUAUUGCAGUUAAGAGACUAUUUUUCAAUACAAGACAAUGGGUUGAUGAGUUCUUCAAUGAGGUUAAUCUCAUCCAUGGAAUUGAACACAAAAAUCUUGUCAAGUUGUUGGGCUGCAGCAUUGAAGGCCCCGAGAGCCUGCUCGUGUACGAAUUUGUGACCAAUAAGAGUCUAGACCAAUACCUCUUUGAUAAGAACAAGAUAAAGAUCCUAAAUUGGGAAGAACGUUUCCGUAUUAUAGUUGGAACAGCAGAAGGCAUUGAUUUCCUCCAUAGAGGCUCAGAGAUCAGAAUCAUCCACAGGGACAUCAAGAGUUCCAAUGUGCUUCUUGAUGAAAAUCUUGAAGCGAAAAUUGCUGAUUUUGGCCUUGCUCGGUGUUUUGCAGCUGACAAAACUCAUCUUAGCACUGGAAUUGCUGGAACAUUAGGAUAUAUGGCUCCUGAAUACCUCGUAAAAGGACAGCUAACAGAGAAGGCUGAUGUCUAUAGCUAUGGGGUGCUAGUUCUUGAAAUUGUUUGUGGCCGAAAAAGUAUUGCCUUUGCAGAUGACUCUGGCUCUCUAAUACAAACAGUGUGGAAGCUCUACACAACAAAUCAGGUCACUGAAUCAGUAGACCCUCUCUUGGAUGGCGAUUUUCCGCGAGAGGAGGCAUCAAAGGUCCUAAAAGUGGGGCUGUUGUGUACUCAAGCUUCAGUCGCUUUAAGACCAUCGAUGAGAGAAGUUGUCCAAAUGCUAACGUGUGAGGGUUAUCAAAUUCCAGAACCAUGCCAACCACCUUUCUUAAAUUCGAGCUUAUUAGCUGGCGGUUCUGUCAAAUCCAGCAUAAGAAGUUUAGUAACAAAUGCACUCUCUAAAUUUGAUGAAUCGUCAUCUUAUACUAACACCACAGGGUCCUCAAGUAUGCGAAGUGCAUCAACUGGACCACACAGAAGUGACGAAUUCCUUCUAAAAGAGUCUGAAAAUAGGAAAUAAUUGGAAGGACAAAUAUAGGAAUGGAAAUUUUAUGAGAUUUUUUCAGUACAUUUUUUGUACAGUAAUAGAACUAGUUGUGCAUUUUUAUGAUUUAUAUAUAUUUUGGACCUUUUUGGUGAGUAUUGAUACAAGAAAGUGUAGACAGAAGCAGAGCAACAUAUAUCGUUUUCAAAGAGUUAUGGGAAUUUCUUAAAGCGAAA